AUAAUUGAAAGAAAAGAUGAAGUAAUUGGAGAAUUAAAAAGUGAAAUAAAAACAGUAAGAGAAUUGCUAAGAAAUGCUUGCAGGAAAAUAGAGGAUCAAGACAAAUUAAUUAAAUUGUUUGAAAAGCCCUUGCCUGAAAUACCAAGUAAACCAAUCUUUCUUGAUUCAAUAAAGAAGCUCCUGGCUGAAAAUAAUGAAGGUGAAGUUAUAAAUUUAAUGCAACAACAAAGUAAUAUAGAAAUUCCUGAAUCGGAUGAGGUUUACCCUUUAUUAGAAAAAAGUGGAUUAACAAGAUAUCAAAUUUAUUCAAAAAUUUUAGACAAAUUAGCAAAUAAUUUUAUAAAAAAAGUUGAAACGCAAAACUGGGAUGAUGCAAAGUAA